AUGGCUACAAAUAUGGAGGGGCUGGUUCAGCACAGAGUGGGGACCCAGCAGGUGGCUGAGGUACCACGUACACAGACUUCUCGGCCAGAAUCUCCAGGGAUGACCAGCCCCUCCCCACGCAUCCAGAUAAUCUCCACGGACUCUGCAGUAGCCUCACCUCAGCGCAUCCAGAUUGUGACAGACCAGCAGACAGGACAGAAGAUCCAAAUAGUCACCGCAGUGGACACUUCUGGAUCCCCCAAGCAGCAGUUCAUCUUGACCAGCCCUGAUGGAGCUGGAACUGGGAAGGUGAUCCUGGCUUCCCCAGAGACAUCCAGUGCCAAGCAGCUCAUAUUCACCACCUCGGACAACCUUGUCCCUGGCAGGAUCCAGAUCGUCACAGACUCUGCUUCUGUGGAGCGUUUGCUUGGGAAGGCUGAGGUUCAGCGACCCCAGGUGGUAGAGUACUGUGUGGUCUGUGGGGACAAAGCCUCUGGCCGUCACUAUGGGGCUGUCAGUUGUGAAGGCUGCAAAGGUUUCUUCAAAAGGAGCGUAAGGAAAAAUUUAACCUACAGCUGCCGGAGCAACCAAGACUGCAUCAUCAAUAAGCACCACCGGAACCGCUGUCAGUUUUGCCGGCUGAAAAAAUGCUUAGAGAUGGGCAUGAAAAUGGAAUCUGUACAGAGUGAACGGAAGCCCUUUGAUGUACAGCGGGAGAAACCAAGCAAUUGUGCAGCUUCAACUGAGAAAAUCUAUAUCCGGAAAGACCUGAGAAGUCCUCUGAUUGCCACUCCCACAUUUGUGGCAGAUAAAGAUGGAGCAAGACAAACAGGUCUUCUUGAUCCAGGGAUGCUUGUGAACAUCCAGCAACCUUUGAUACGUGAGGAUGGUACUGUUCUUCUGGCCACAGAUUCCAAGGCUGAAACAAGCCAGGGAGCUCUGGGCACACUAGCAAAUGUAGUAACCUCCCUUGCCAACCUAAGUGAAUCCCUUAACAAUGGUGACACUUCAGAAAUGCAACCAGAGGACCAGUCUGCAAGUGAGAUUACUAGGGCAUUUGAUACCUUAGCUAAAGCACUUAAUACUACAGACAGCUCCUCUCCUCCAAGCCUGGCAGAUGGGAUAGACACCAGUGGAGGAGGAAGCAUCCAUGUCAUCAGCAGAGACCAAUCUACACCCAUUAUUGAGGUUGAAGGCCCUCUCCUUUCAGACACUCAUGUCACAUUUAAGCUAACAAUGCCCAGCCCAAUGCCAGAGUACCUCAAUGUGCACUACAUCUGUGAGUCUGCAUCCCGCCUGCUUUUCCUCUCCAUGCACUGGGCCAGGUCAAUCCCAGCUUUUCAGGCACUUGGGCAGGACUGCAAUACCAGCCUGGUACGGGCCUGUUGGAAUGAGCUCUUCACCCUCGGCCUGGCCCAGUGUGCCCAGGUCAUGAGUCUGUCCACUAUCCUGGCCGCCAUCGUCAACCACCUGCAGAACAGCAUCCAGGAAGAUAAACUUUCUGGUGACCGGAUAAAGCAAGUCAUGGAGCACAUCUGGAAACUUCAGGAGUUCUGUAACAGUAUGGCAAAGCUGGAUAUAGACGGCUAUGAGUAUGCAUACCUUAAAGCCAUAGUUCUCUUUAGCCCAGAUCAUCCAGGUUUGACUAGCACAAGCCAGAUUGAAAAGUUCCAAGAAAAGGCACAGAUGGAGUUGCAGGACUAUGUUCAGAAAACCUACUCAGAAGACACCUACCGAUUGGCCCGGAUUCUUGUCCGCCUGCCAGCACUCAGGCUGAUGAGCUCCAACAUAACAGAAGAACUUUUUUUUACUGGUCUCAUUGGCAAUGUUUCGAUAGACAGCAUAAUUCCCUACAUCCUCAAGAUGGAGACGGCAGAGUACAAUGGCCAGAUCACCGGAGCCAGUCUAUAG